CUUCCAUGUGGCCUAUAUUUUAAUCAAAUUUGCAAAUUCUCCUCGCCCUGAUCUUUGGGUCUUGGAAAGAUCUGUAGACUUUGGAAGAACCUACUCACCAUGGCAAUAUUUUGCUUAUUCUAAAGAAGACUGUUUAGAACAAUUUGGGCAAGAGGCAAAUAUGGCCAUCACCCGGGAUGAUGACGUUCUCUGUAUUACUGAAUAUUCCCGUAUUGUGCCUUUGGAAAACGGUGAGGUUGUGGUGUCCUUGAUAAAUGGUCGUCCAGGUGCAAAAAAUUUUACUUUCUCUGAUACCCUGAAAGAGUUUACCAAGGCAACAAACAUCCGCUUGCGCUUUCUCCGAACUAACACCCUUCUUGGGCACCUCAUUUCCAAAGCACAGCGAGAUCCGACUGUCACACGGCGGUAUUAUUACAGCAUAAAGGAUAUUAGCAUUGGUGGGCGGUGUGUUUGCAAUGGCCAUGCUGAAGUGUGCAAUGCAAACAAUCCUGAAAAAUUGUUCCGAUGUGAAUGCCAGCACCACACCUGUGGGGAGACGUGCAAUCAAUGCUGUGUUGGGUACAAUCAGAGACGCUGGCAGCCGGCAGCAUGGGAGCAGAGCAAUGAGUGUGAAGCCUGCAACUGCCACGGCCACGCUGUGGACUGUUACUAUGAUCCAGACGUUGAGCAGCAGCAGGCAAGCUUGAACAUCCAAGGCAUCUAUGCAGGUGGAGGGGUCUGCAUCAACUGUCAGCACAACACAGCUGGUGUGAACUGUGAAAAGUGUGCUAAGGGUUAUUAUCGCCCUUAUGGCGUUCCAGUUGAUGCCCCCCAUGGCUGCAUCCCUUGCAGCUGUGACCCUGAGCACGCAGAUGACUGUGAACAGGGCACUGGCCGCUGUCACUGUAAGCCGAAUUUCCAUGGAGCCAACUGUGAGAAGUGUGCGGAUGGAUACUAUAAUUUCCCAUUUUGCUUGAGAUUUCCUAUUUUUCCUACAUAUACUCCAAGUCCAGAAGAUCCAGUAGCUGGUGAUAUAAAAG